CAGCCCGGAAAGAAGGCAGCACUGAGCUGUACGACUUGGCCUUUAUCUUCUUUCCCCCAGAGCUUCUCCCCCAGAGCUUCUUCUCAAGCUUCCUCUUUCUCCGCUCUCUCUCUUACAACAUCAACUCCUCAUCGUCGACCCCAUCAUCUAUCAUCAUCAUUUGUCGUGGUGAUUCAUACUCCAAGGUAUCGGUAACUGAUUCCUUGGACCUUGUUUUCCUUGUAACUUGGUCAUUUCCACCUCAUACACACUAGACAGUCGCAGGUAGACUUAUCAGUCCUGGUUCUUUUCUUCGUCGCAUCCCCUUUGCCAUCCAUCUACCAUCAUCACAAUGAGGGGCUUUGUUGCUCUCUCGUUGGCCUGCGUUGCGGCUGCCGCGCCGUCAUUCAGCUACGAAACCGUCCACGAUGGUGUUGCCCCCAUCCUCUCGGCCUCCAACGCUGAGGACAUCCCCAACUCCUACAUCAUCAAAUUCAAGAAACAUGUGACCGAUUCUUCGGCGGCCGAUCACCACUCGUGGGUUCAGAAGAUCCAUGGAGACCGCGAGGUCGAGCGCCUUGAGCUGCGGAAGCGUAGCCAGAUUCCCAUGGCUGAUGACAUCUUCAACGGCCUGAAGCAUACGUACAAGAUCGGUGGCGACUUCCUGGGCUACGCCGGUCACUUUGAUGACUCUGUCAUUGAGGAGGUUCGGAGACACCCCGAUAUCGAGUUCAUCGAGCGGGAUUCCAUUGUUCACACGAUGAAGGAGUCGGACCCUGUUACUGAGAAAAACGCACCGUGGGGUUUGGCCCGUGUCUCUCACCGCGAAUCCCUUUCGUUCGGUACUUUCAAUAAAUACCUGUAUGCUGCCGACGGUGGCGAGGGAGUUGAUGCGUACAUCGUCGACACUGGUACCAACAUCGACCACGUCGACUUCGAGGGUCGCGCCAAGUGGGGCAAGACCAUUCCCAGCGGUGAUGAGGAUGUUGAUGGCAAUGGUCACGGCACUCAUUGUAGUGGCACGGUUGCUGGAAAGCAGUACGGUGUCGCCAAGAAAGCCAAUGUCUACGCCGUCAAGGUGCUGAGAAGCAAUGGUUCCGGCACCAUGGCCGAUGUCAUAAAGGGUGUCGAGUUCGCUGCCACUGCCCAUAUGGGACAGGUUUCAGCUGCCAAGAACGGCAAGCGCAAGGGCUUCAAGGGUUCUGUCGCUAACAUGUCUCUCGGUGGUGGCAAGUCCCAAGCUCUUGACGCCACUGUGAAUGCUGCCGUCGAUGCUGGUCUCCACUUCGCUGUUGCUGCUGGCAACGACAAUGCUGAUGCCUGCAACUACUCGCCCGCUGCUGCUGGCAAGGCUAUGACCGUUGGAGCCUCUGCCCUCGACGACAGCCGCGCCUACUUCUCCAACUGGGGCAAGUGUGUCGACAUCUUCGGCCCCGGCUUGUCCAUCAAGUCUACCUGGAUUGGUAGCAAGACCGCUAUUAACACUAUCAGUGGCACCUCCAUGGCCUCCCCUCAUCUUUGCGGUCUAACCGCCUACUUCCUCUCCCUCCAGCCCAGCAAGGAGUCUGAGUACGGCAUGGCCGCAAUCACUCCUGAGAAGCUCAAGGCCAACAUGAUCAGCAUUGCCACCAAGGGUGCUCUCUCCGACAUCCCUAGGGACACCCCCAACUUGCUUGCCUUCAACGGAGGUGGCUCUGGUAACUUCACCAACAUCAUCAAUGCUGGCUCUUACACUGUUGAGAAGCCCAAGUCGUCCAAGUCUUCGUCCUUGACCUUGGAGGAGCUCGAGAAGGCCAUUGAGAAGGAAUUGAACAUUGUGUCUGGCACCGUUGAGAAAGAGCUCUCUUCGCUGUCCAGCAAGGCUGAGAAGUUUUCUCAGAAGAUUCACGACGUUGUCGAGGAGGAGCUUAGAGAGUUCUUCGAUGAAAUCCAGGUCUAAACUAACUUGGGUUUCUAGAAAUUGUCGAUAGGGAAGGGCUUUAAUUGAAAUGCUAUUAGGGUCUGUUGACCAUCGGGUUUUUUCAUUGUACACCAUGGAUUCAUUAUGGGGAGCAUGGAUAUUACCACGCCGUUUCAUAGGUCCCGUAGUCAUACUAUCAGUGACACUUUUUUCCUUAAUAAGAAAUCUCUGCACAUCGUUACGCGUUGUGUGUUGCACCAGAACAGAAUAUAGUGAAGGUUGAUGAAUUCCAAGCAAGCGAAGGC